UGUGAGAGAGAUGAAUAGGGCCCUGUUUUUUUUGGUCACUCUGAGGUAGUGAAGCCCAAUCUGAAACAUUACCAAACAAAGUAGAUAAGCCUGGAAAAGCUUGGUAGCUCCUGUAGUGGUCCGGUCAAAUAUUUAACCAAGAACCCCAGCUCUUGCCUAGAGAGAAACAUUUCUGUCGAUGGUGUAGCUUUGUAGAGGCACCUGAUGGAGAAAUUCCAGGCUGCGAUGGUCCUCUGUGCGGUAGGAGAUUCCCUGGGAUACCGCAAAGGCCGCUGGGAAAGCUGCAUGUCAGGGUCUCAGAUACAGAAAGAGCUCUCGGCUCUUGGCGGACUGGAAGCUCUUAAACUGGAUUCAGAAAACUGGCCUUUGAGUGAUGGAGCUCUGAUGCACAUGACCACAGCAGAGGCCCUUGUUACAGAUUACUGGUGUCUGGAAGACUUAUACAGAGAGGUUGUGCGCCUAUAUGUGGCUGCCAUGGUGUCCCUUCAAGGCCGAACUCCCGACCCCAGCACAGUAGAAGCUUGUUCUCUCCUCAAACCUGAUAACUACCUGCUGGCCUGGCAUACGCCGUUUAAUGAAAAAGGCUCUGGUUUUGGAGCGGCCACAAAAGCUAUGUGUGUGGGCAUGCGCUACUGGCAGCCUGAAAGACUGGAAAACCUGGUGGAAGUGAGCAUCGAAAUCGGCCGGAUGACCCAUAACCACCCCAUAGGCUUUUUGGGAUCUCUUUGUUCUGCCCUAUUUGCUUCAUAUGCAGUCCAAGGAAAGCCAUUGGUGAACUGGGGUCGUGAUCUCAUGAAGGUGAUCCCCAAGGCUGAAGAUUACUGCAGAAAGACUAUACGCCACUUCGCAGAAUACCAGGAGAAAUGGUUUUACUUUGAAGCCAAGUGGCAGUUCUAUUUGCAGGAGAGAGGGAUCGAGGAGGAGGGACAAAAGCCUAUCUUUCCUAAUACAUAUGAUGCAGAUGAGAUGGAUAAGUUGUAUAAGAGUUGGAGUUCAGAAGGUCGAGGAGGGCAUAGAGGCCAUGAUGCACCCAUGAUCGCCUACGAUGCUCUGCUGGCUGCAGGCUCGGACUGGGGCGAGCUGUGCAAAAGGGCCAUGUUUCAUGGAGGGGAGAGCAGUGCUACAGGUCUGAUUGCUGGAUGUCUCUAUGGCCUGCUUUAUGGAUUGAAACACGUGCCUUCAGGACUGUACCAAAACCUCGAAAAGAAGGAAAAACUAGAAGCGCUUGGCGUCAAACUGUACCACACGGCAUCUGCGGAAAAGAAUCUAGAGAAGUAACAGCUCUGCUCCUCACCUUCUUGUUCACACGUAGAGUUGACAUGGUUCACAAGCUGCACAGAUACACACCCCUCCUGUACCUUUUCUCGGCAUUCGGUUUGCUCUGACACUAUCAUCCUUUGUCCGUUAAAAGUUUGGUAAGUUAUUAAAGCUUGUUAGGACUGCUAAUUUCCACUAAGUCGAUAUAUAUAAAUGAAUUGCUAUUUCAAUGAUAAUGGAUGUAAAAUAUAUUUAUCAGGAGUUGUGCCAAUUUUUGAUGUCUGCUUAAUCUAUAGUAAAUAAAUAGCACGUGUGCAUGUUGGGAUGUGAGUAUAUAAUGUAAAUUAAAAGACAUUAAACAAA